UAACCUCACUUUAGUCAGUCAUUCAAUGUCAAAUCGAGGAUUGAGUUUGCGCAUGAAUUUUUCAAUUUUUGUUUGAUAAGCAACCGUUUCUGAACAACUUGGAGAAAUCCUACAAAAUCCGAGAUCUGAUAUUCUCUUUUAUAAGUACAUAUAAUUUAAACAUUAAACUCUCUGAAGAUUUGGGUCGAAACAAAAUAUCAAGAUGGCAUCGGCAAUGGAUAUUGAUGACGAAGAAGUCGAUUUGCCUUCCUCUAGCAGUGGUAAAGGAGAAAAGAAACGAUUCGAAGUAAAAAAGUGGAAUGCGGUUGCUCUCUGGGCCUGGGAUAUUGUUGUGGACAACUGCGCCAUUUGCCGUAAUCACAUUAUGGACCUUUGCAUUGAAUGUCAAGCCAAUCAGGCUUCAGCCACUAGCGAAGAAUGUACAGUAGCCUGGGGAGUUUGUAAUCAUGCAUUUCAUUUCCACUGCAUUUCCCGUUGGCUGAAGACACGUCAAGUCUGCCCUCUUGAUAAUCGUGAAUGGGAAUUCCAAAAGUAUGGUCACUAGUACAAUGUUCUCAACAUCCUUGGAUAUAUCAACGAAAAAGAGUUUCAAAACCAGCUUCCGUUGAACUGUAAGCUUUAUUUUCAAAAACUCACUAAACUAUAAUUUUUUUAAACAUUGAAACGAUAAAGAAUCACCUGUUUAUGAUUCUUUUAUAUUAUAAUUUAAACUCAAAAUAAAAUCUGAAAUUGUACUAUCUUGUGUAGAAAAAUUCGGCAACUUGUAAUUAUAUUUACUCGUUUGUUAAAAAAUCGGUUUUCAUAAUACUAGUUUUGAUUCUAUCAUUAUCUUGGGUCGAAUUUCUUCGUCUUCAAAUAUUUAAUUUGUAUUCAAUCUUAAAAAGAAAAAUGAAGAAAUUCGAACCCCAUUAUCUAAGAAAA